GGGCGGUGGGUGAGGAACAUGGGCGUACUUGGCUUUCUUCCUUCCCCAGCAUGGCGAGAUGAAGGCUGGGAGGAGAGCGGAGAGAGGGAGCAGCCUGAAUGCAUCCCAAGGAGAAGCGCGAGGGGGAAAGGUGUUGUUGAAGCUGAAGGACGCUGUUGGUACAAGGAUAAAUAGACGUAAGCUGGACAUGUUUGUUGCCGAGGAGAAUGUAGAUUUUCGGAUACACGUGGAGAACCAAACACGAGCAAGAGACGACGUGAGCAGGAAGCAGCUCCGGCUCUAUCAGCUGUACAGCAGGACAAGCGGGAAGCACAUCCAAGUGCUGGGCAGGAGGAUCAGCGCCAAAGGAGAAGACGGAGAUAAAUAUGCCCAGCUUCUAGUGGAAACAGACACUUUUGGCAGUCAAGUCCGGAUCAAAGGGAAGGAGACAGACUUCUACCUUUGCAUGAACAGGAAAGGCAAGCUAGUGGGGAAGCCUGAUGGCACCAGCAAGGAGUGCGUCUUCAUUGAGAAAGUCCUAGAAAACAACUACACGGCGCUGAUGUCAGCAAAAUAUUCAGGCUGGUAUGUUGGAUUCACCAAAAAAGGGAGGCCACGGAAAGGGCCCAAGACCCGGGAGAACCAGCAAGAUGUACAUUUUAUGAAGAGGUACCCAAAGGGGCAAGUGGAGAUACAGAAACCUUUCAAGUACACAACAGUCACCAAGAGGACUAAGAGAAUACGACCCACCAACCCCAGUUAAAAGUAGACGAAACAGUGUCACAAUAAUAAACCACAAAAAAAAAAAAAAAA